UUAAUUAAGCAUGGGGGGAAGGGCAGCAGAGGCCUGUCUCUGGCACACACAAGCACAUGCUUGAGAAAGCAAACUAAGGCCAGGAAAACAGACUGCAUUGAGAGAGAAAAAAAUCAAGCUUAAAUCAUAAACCUGAAUGAAAGGUACAUAAUCUGUUCUUAAAAUGGCCUCCGAGGACCUCUGCUUUAGUUACACUGUGCCGGACUCCAACGAGAAGCACAGGAGGGCUCGUAACUGGACGGAUUCCGAGAUGAAAUCUCUUGUGUACAUUUGGGAAGAGUACGUGACAGAGCUAAAGAAGGCUAAGCGCAAUGCUAAGAUCUACGAGACAAUGGCUAAGCAACUUUACGAAUUAACUGGGGAACAGAGACACAGGGAGGAGAUUAAGAUGAAGAUUACCAACAUGACUUUCCAAUUCAGGAAGAUGAAGUACACAGCAAAUGGAAGCAAUGCUACACCUGAUUGGCCGUACUACAAAUCUAUUGAGAGGAUCUUGUCAAAGGUACCAGAUCAUGCUCAUAUGAGCCCACCGAACCUCUCGACGUCUGGCCCCUCCACCUCUCAGCUCGAGACUUCUGUGCCCCAAUCAGCUCCACCAAGUGGGUUUCUACCCGAGUACACGGGUUCCUCAGAGGAGAGGGAAAUUAACGAUGAGGAAGAAGGCCUAACAGAGAACUCUGAGAGUUCUUUUGAGACCAGGUCACAGCCACAUAAGAGGCGGAGGCUUUCACAUGGGUCACUGCGCCGAAAGAAGCUGCGUGUCCUGGACGCAAUGCUGCAGGAGCAACGCAGGAUAAGCCGUGCCGUUGAGGAGGCCUGUCAUGAAGUUCGCCGCGUUAUGCAUCAGCAGAACUUCCUGCAGGUGCAGAGCCUCCAGCUUCAGGAGCGAAUGAUGAACCUCCUGGAGAAGAUGAUUCCUGCUCCGUCUGCCCCUUGUUGGCCAAACCCACCGGCCUCAAAGGGUUUAGGAACACUUACAACUGAGUGACAGGACCUCAGAUAUGGGAUAAGGACCUUUUCUGUCUUUGCUGAGGAAGUGUUGCUAUGUUAUUUAAGUAUAAAAGCUAUAACCAACUAGUUAGUGGUACAUUUUAGACCUGUUAA